AUGGCUGACGACAGAUUUGAAAUGGCAUAUGGGGAAGAAGAGCCAAUUGGGAUUCUGGUUGGAAUGGACAAAAUGUUCCAGAUCAUGUCAAAUGAAGCAGCAAUUCAGAGUCCGUGCGGACAACGCGCAUUCAAAACGAAGCUGGGAAGAAUGAUAGCCGGUCCCUCACAAGAAACUAAUUCUAAGACAGGCAAUCAAAUAAUCGAGCACCUAAUUUUAACAUCUAAUUAUCCAGUGUCGCAGAUAACGUCAUCGUUCGCAAGAAGCAGCCGAAUCGAAAGGAAAGAAAGUCCAACCCAGUCAAUCAGAACUCCAACGGGAAAGGAAACUGGAAAAGCCAACCUCCAAAAUCCACAAACAGGAACAUCAUUUUCAGAUGCACCAACCGGAUCCUGCGGAGAAACAGACACUAAAUGGGUUGAACACGACGAAAUAACGGCUACAAAUUUCGACCUCUCCCUCUUUUGGAGAAUAGAAAAUUUUGCGAACCUAGAAGGCGCUGAAGCAGUGGAGUCAGAGGAUCGUUUCGACUCCUUCGACGAGAAAAUAACAAGAUGGCCAGACGGAAGAUACUGUACACCAAUACCUUGGUCGACAGAUAAAUGGAGACUCCAGAAAAACUUACCAUUGGCCACUGGAAGAGUAGAAAGCACGAUAAGCAGAUUGAGAAAAAAUCCAGGAGACUUGGUGAAUUAUCACCAAGAGAUCCAAAAACUGAUCGAAAGCAAAUUCGUGGAAGAAGCAAAUAUGGACUACGAAGAGCCCCAUACUUAUCUUCCACAUCAUCCGGUCUUCAGAAUCGACAAAACAACAACGAAAAUAAGACCCGUUUUCGAUGGAGCGGCAAAGACAAAAUUUGGUCCUAGUCUAAACGACGUGCUGGAGACCGGACAGAACCUUAAUCCCGAUCUCCUAUCGGUAUUAAUGCGAUUUCGAAAGUAUAAGAUCGCCUGGAUUGCGGACAUUGAAAAAGUUUUUCUCAACAUCGCCCUACAGCCUGAAGACGCAGAAGCAAUCAGGUUUUUAUGGCCCAAGGAUCCAGCAGUAGCUGGAUCCCCGCUCAAAGCUUAUAAGUGGAAAAGGGUGCCCUUCGGCCUUAGUCCUAGCCCCUUCCUGCUACGUGUAACCAUAAACAAACAUCUUAAAUCACUAAAAUCUCGUUUUCCAGAAACAAUAGAGCAGCUGGAAAAGAAUCUAUAA